GUUUGAAUGCCAUGCAGUAAUUCUGGUGUUGAGAGACACUUGGUGGGAUGGCCCGAACCAUUCAAACCAGAACAUUUAAUACCUUUGAGUAAGAACUACACACAUUGGGAACACCUAAAUGAGCACAUGAAAUACAGUGCAAAAGUCAAACAAGUUAUGGCCCCAGGGAGUGUAUUCGUUGCAUCAAUCCGUGAACCACUUUCACAUUUCUAUUCAUAUUAUAACUUUUACAAAAUGGAGAACACUUAUAAAGGUUAUCUCAAAGAGCCUGAUAAAUUCAAAUAUUUUUUAGAUAACAUUAAAACUAUGCCGCACCUUGAACUAAUCCACCAUAUGCCUCCUAGUAACCCAAUUGCACAAUGUUUUGGAAUCAAACAGGAGGAACAAUAUAACACCAUAGCAAUACAAGAAAAAAUCGAAGAGAUCGAAAAGGAGUUUGACUUGGUUAUAGUAGUUGAGCACAUGGAAGAAAGCCUGAUUUUGUUGACCGAAUGCUCAGAUCUUACAAUUGAAGAUGUCGUUAUUUUGAAAAAUGCAAAUGUCGGGCACUUUAAAAAAUCCAAACCAAUUUUAACUCCUAAUGAGUAUGAGAACCUCAUCCAAUGGAACUUAGCUGACUCAAUGAUUUACAAUCAUUUCAAUAAAACUCUGUGGAGAAAGAUUGAAAAGUUUGGCCAUGACAAAAUGGCCAUAAAAAUCAAAGAACUCAGAAUGGCUCAAUCAAUAAAACAGAAAAAAUGUGACUCUGUUAAGAGGAAAUCUAUUUUGAAAAGAGUAGAAGAUUUGAAAAUAAAACAUGACUGUAUGAUCCAAAACCUAAAUUAUAUAGGUGCUGAUAAAUAUUUCAGGAAUAAGAUGACUGAGAAAGGAAUCUAUGAUAUUGAAAGAGCUCAAAAAACCUGUAAAUAUCCUCCAGAUAAACAUGGGGAAUAGCGUGAAAAUGUGAGCAAAUAUAAACAUUUAAAUCAUUAAGUAUUUAAGCCCUGGCCUCGACUCGGUGCAUUGUGGAAAAAAUCAAUUAAAAAAAAUCAUAUUUUUCUGAACUUGUUGUUUUCAAAGAACAUGAAUGGGAAUGGGAAUGCAAAGUUUAGGAAAGAACGCCUGAUUGGAAUGAAUCAGCCACAAUGCAUCGAGUCUUGGGCUUAAAUUCUUUUCAAACAUUGCAAAAUAUUUUCUAUGAUAUUACCUAAAACAUACAAAUUCACCAAAAGAACAUAUUUUCAAUGAAACUUUUUGCAAGGUUCAAGUUGGCAAAGCAUCAAUUUCAAUCUGUGGAGUCCAGUUGUCACCUUGACAACCAUUAAAUGAAUGACUGUGGGUGUUGUGAUUGGUUAUUCAAUGCACUGUAAUUAUAUGAAUUACUGUGUUUGGAUUGGCUGAAAUUGGACACACCUUGGCAGUGCCUAGUUAUGCGUGAAUUAAUAAUGAAAGAACAUCUGAAUUUCUGUACACAUAUUACUUUUUACAUUUUAAUUACAGUUUAUAUGAAAUGGACCCUAUUAACAUUAGGGUUACAAUGUACAGUAGGCUUGCUUUUUAAGGAUACUGUAGUAGUAGUAGCCGUAUUAUAUGGAAUAGAGUAUUUAAAAUGUUUCAAGCAUUCUUUUCCAAAAGUUUGUCAACGUUUUCAUAACAAUUGAGAUACCUGAUCAAAUAUGGAAUGUGAAGUAGAUUUAAGAUGAAGAAAUGAUCAAAAUUAGAACUGAUCCUUUUUGGAGGAAACUUUUAACCUACCAUAACACAGUUGUCCACAUAGCACUUGUGUUUAAUAAGGUCUUCUAUUGGCUUUACCUACCAUAACACAGUUGUCCACACAGCACUUGUGUUUAAUAAGGUCUUCUAUUGGCUUUACCAAACAUAACACAGUUGUCCACACAGCACUUGUGUUUAAUAAGGUCUUCUAUUGGCUUUACCUACCAUAACACAGUUGUCCACACAGCACUUGUGCUUAAUAAGGUCUUCUAUUGGCUUUACCUACCAUAACACAGUUGUCCACACAGCACUUGUGUUUAAUAAGGUCUUCUAUUGGCUUUACCUACCAUAACGCAGUUGUCCACACAGCACUUGUGCUUAAUAAGGUCUUCUAUUGGCUUUACCUACCAUAACACAGUUGUCCACACAGCACUUGUGUUAAAUAAGGUCUUCUAUUGGCUUUACCUACCAUAACACAGUUGUCCACAUAGCACUUGUGUUUAAUAAGGUCUUCUAUUGGCUUUACCUACCAUAACACAGUUGUCCACAUAGCACUUCUGUUUAAUAAGGUCUUCUAUUGGCUUUACCUACCAUAACACAGUUGUCCACAUAGCACUUGUGUUUAAUAAGGUCUUCUAUUGGCUUUACCUACCAUAACACAGUUGUCCACAUAGCACUUCUGUUUAAUAAGGUCUUCUAUUGGCUUUACCUACCAUAACACAGUUGUCCACACAGCACUUCUGUUUAAUAAGGUCUUCUAUUGGCUUAAGCUGCCCAAGUGCUGCCUUGCCCUUUACUCUUGAACCUCUAUAUGGGCGCUGUGGAAACAAAAUAUAAGUUAUUAUUUAGAAAGAAAGAACAUCAUUUUUUAGCUAUACGAGGACCCAAAACCUCACUGUCUCACUUAUACUUCCAGAGUUAUGAUGAAAACAUAAGUAAUUGUGAUGUUUUCUUUGCAUUUUUACGAAAAAAAAGUGUGGUCCAUCAAAUAUAUGACAAACCUUCUAAUCCAAUUCAAUGAAAGUUAUGUUAACACAGGUGUA